AAUGUCACAUACAAAUCUCAAAUUGUCGUAUGUUUUGAAAUAAUUUCUAUUGAGAUUUUUCUAUACCCUUUAUUUAAAAAAGAUAACAUGGACCUAUGCAGGGUCUGUCUUGGACCUGAGCCCUGCAAGGAUAUAUUGUCUGAGCCACAAAAACCAAAAACUGACAGUAAAAGCUUUGCUGAAAUAUUUAUGUUUUGUUUCGACAUAAAGGUUGAUGAAGACUCAAAAAUUAGUACAAAAAUAUGUAUAAAAUGUUACAAUAAGGUUAAAUCUUACUAUAGCUUUAAAUGCCAAGCUGUAGAAAGUGAUGCAUAUCUAAAAUUGUUACAAGAAGGGAAUAGCAUUAAGAAUGAGGUAUUUUUAAGAGAUGAUAAUGAUAUAAAGAGUGAACAGUCGUCUUUGACGAAUGACAUGCAGGAACUAGAUGUAACAGUAAAAGAUGAACCAAAAGAUGAUUCUUUUUAUAAAAGUGAGGACGACUCACGUGGCUACGACACUGACGAUGUAUUGCUGAGUGUAAUCAAGAAUAUAAAGUAUGAAUUUAAUCAAGAUGGUGGUAAAGAGGAACAAGCUGUAAAAAAGAAGCAGAAAAGAAAAGGUAUUACCGAAGCCAACUCGAAUGCUGUUAGACAAAUAUGUGAAGAGUGUGGGAAAGCCGUAAAGGACCUGAAGGCUCACUCAUAUCUCCACAUGCCAGAGUCAUGUCGAAAACGAUUUAAAUGUAAAACCUGCGACAAAGUAUUCUCCAGCCACAGCUCAAGAAGUAAACACAAUAAAAUAAAACAUUUAGGAUUAAAAAAGCAAUGUGAGCUUUGUAAUAAGACUGUAACAAAUCUUCAGCAGCACAUACUUGUGGUGCACAAUCGGUCGUCGCUACCGUUCUGCUGCGUGUCCUGUGGUCGCAGGUUUAUUUCCAAGUCCACGCUGGACCUGCACAUGACGACACACACCAAAGAUCGCCCUUAUCCCUGUACAGAAUGCGAUAAAAAGUUUUCCACUAAUCAAAGGAUGCUUCUUCAUAGACGUCAAGUUCACGACAAAGAGAAGUCACACCUAUGUCAAUUAUGUUCCAAGAGCUUCUUCAAGAAAUAUCAUUUACAAGUACAUUUAAGGAGUCAUUCGAAAGAGAAGCCGUAUUCAUGUCCAGAAUGCGGGAAAUGUUUCUCCACCACCACAACCCUGAACAGUCACCGAGAAAUCCACAAAGAGGAGAAAGCAUUUAAUUGUACUCUCUGUGAUAUGUCCUUCAAAAAGAGGAACUACCUAAAUGCCCACAUGAUCAGCCAUACGAAGGAAAAACGCCACCCUUGCCAGUACUGCGGCGUGAAGUUCGGUCGUUCGGAUCACCGCAAGAGACACGAGUAUACAGCACACGAGAAGAAUUUUAUCAGCACCUAACAGGAACACCAAA